AUGGAUUACAAUGGAGACAUUUUAGAUAUAGGAAGAAAUGAUUUAUUAGUUAAUCAAAUAACUAAACAUGGUAGAAAAAUUGAUUACAACCUCUUUCUUUUUAAAAUGAGAUCGAAAAGUGACAAAUUGAGACAUUAUGAAAUAAAUAAUUCUAUUACAUCAGAAAACUUUAUAAAAGCAUAUUUAACAAAAGAAUCAAACUUUAUAUUACUUUCAAAUAACCGAUUUUAUAUGUAUGAUAAUGAAAAUAAAAAGAAACGGUGUUUAAUGAAUUUAAACGACUCAGAACCUAUUGAUUUUAUAUAUUUCAAAGAACACAUAAUUUUUAUUCAAAAAAAUAAUUUUUCAUUGUUUCAAUCAAAAACGAAUGGAAAAUGUAAAGUUAUGCUAAAUUUAAAAGAUACUCCUUUAAAGGUAAAUUUUUGUUCAUACAAAAAUAUGUUAUAUUUAAGUACAUGUAGAAGAUUAUAUUUUUUAAAAUUAAUAUAUUUAAAAGAUAAAACAUUGAAAGUAGAAAAUACAAAUAUGAGUCUUCCAUUUAAAAGUAAAAAAGAAAAAUAUGUAUAUCACUCCUACAAAAACAAAUUUUAUAAAAUUAAUAAGGAAUAUAAAGAAGUCAUACAUGUUUGCGGUUACUCAGAUAAAGACAUAACUGUAUAUAAAUUUGUAAAAGGAAAAUAUAAGAAUAAAAAAAAAUGUUUAAUGAAAUUUUCAGUAAAUGAAUUAAAAAAUGAAAUAAUAAAAGGAGGCUUUUUUUUUAAAAUUAAUGUGUCGGACAAAAAAAAUAAAGUAAGUGAAAACUUUGGUAAUUUAAAUAAUGACAAAACAGAAAAUAUUUCAGAUAAAUAUCAUUUAAUAAAUGGGAAAAAUUUUAAAAAUGAAAAUGUGUGUAUGCUAUUAUCAUCAAAUAAUUUAUUUUUAGAUGACAAAAGAAAAGAAAAAGAAAGAGAAAAUAACUCAAAUGAUUCUUCAAACUCUUUAAAUGUAUGUGAACAUAAGGAAAAUGAACAAAACAAUAUUCCUUUGGAUUUAAAUAUAUAUAAUAAAGAAAAUGAAAAUAAUAAUAUGAAAGAACAAGGAAAUAUGUAUAAUUUAGAAAUUAAGGAAGAUAUUAUUAAAUUAUACUUAUUAAUUUAUACUGAAAAUGGAAAAAUAUUAAUAUAUUUUGUCGAUUAUUUAAAUCAGUCACAGUUUAAAUUUGGUUUUUCAAAUAUAAAGAAAAAUCCCAUUAUAUAUAUGCAACUACCUUUUAAAACUUCUUUUAUAUAUAAUGUUUCUGAUAUAUUUUCAGAAAGAGUAAUAAAACAAAAAAGUAUAAUACACAAAAAAAAAAGAAAAUCACAAAAUUAUAAUAAAUACAUAGAGCAUAUGAUUAAUAAAGAAAUUUAUAUUAAUAGCAACUUUUUCUUUGAUGCAAUUGUAAUGAAUGAUAAAAUUGCAAAAAUAUAUACAAUUCAAAUUCAUCAUGAUUUUUUAUAUAUUUCUCAAAAUGUGACAGAACCAGUAGCAUUGAAUGUGAUUGACUCUAAUAAUAAAAUCAUAGCAAUAAAAAAUGUAAGCGAUAAUGAGCAAAAAAAAAAUUUAAUAGAAAAAGUUGUAAAUGAGUCAAAAUUUUCUUGUUAUUCGGAUAGUGAUUCAUAUAUAGAUAGUGAAAUAACAUGGGAAGAUAGUGAUCAUAGUAAUGAAAAAUAUUUUUACAGCGAAAGUGAUUCUUUAAUGGAAAAUGAUUCAACAAAUGAUAAACAUAAAAAUAAAUUAAAUAGUAUUAAUAAUUUUACUAAUAAUAUAAAUAUGGAAAAAGAACAAAUUCCCUUAGAUGUUCAUCUUAAUGGAAGUAUAAAAAAUGAACAAAAUGAUAAUAAUAAUGAAAAAAUGAAAGAAAUUGAAUCGAGUUUAGAAGAUAAACAAAGUGUUAAUUCUUCCUUAAAUAAAAGUAAUGUAGAAAUUUUUUCUGAAGAAUAUAGUUUCAUUGAUAAUAAAAUUCAUUGUUUUAAAGAAGAAAAAAUAGAUGAAGAUUAUGCAUUAGAAUUGAAAAACUCUGUUCUAUCUAUAGACGAAAAAAAAAAAAAAAAAAUUAAUAAUAGUGAAAACAUAGGGAAUUGCACAACAGCAAACAAUAAUGAGAAAGACAUAUACACUGAAGAUGUUUCUUUUUUAAAUGAAAAAAUUAACAGAUGCACAAAAAAUAAAGAUGAAAAGUUGUUAAACGAUAAAACUGAUGAUUCAAAAAUUUAUUAUAAUGAAAAAAAAUUAGAAGAUUCUUCAGAACUUGAUAUAAAUAAAAAUAUCUUGAAAAAUCAAAUUAUGCUUUAUUCAACAAAUUUUAAAAAUUCAAACGAUAAUUUAUCCAUAUCUUCAUCAUCAUUAUUAAAUGACAAAAAUUUAAAUCCAAAUAAAUAUAUAAAUGAGAAAAAAGAAGCAAAAUGUGACGAUGGACUAUUGUACGAUAAAAAAGGAAAGAAUAAAAAAGAAAAUAUAAAUGAUAAAAACUCCAAAGAUGAAAAUAAAAAAGAAGAAAAAUUAUUAGGAUUAAAGAAAGUUGAAGAAAUAAUUUCAUACAGUGAAAGUCAAGAAAUGAUAGUAAGUAAAGAAGGAGAAAGCAAUAUGGAAAUAAAAGAAAUAGUCAUUAAUAAUGAGAAUAGAAUUAAUUAUAAAGAAGACAUAACAAAAACAUGUGAAGAAAUAGAACAAAAAGAAAAUGAAAAUGGAAUAAUAAUGGAAUUAAAGGAAAUAAAAAAAAAAAUAAUUGAAAAAAAAGGGGAAUCAGAAAAGAGGAUUAAUGGUAUAGACAAAGGAUAUGAAAAUGAAGAAAUAAAAAAUAAAAAUAAAACUGAAAUAGAAUUAGACAAUAAAAAAGUGAGAGAAAAUAAAGGAAAAAAAAAUACAAAAAUUGAAGAAAAGAAAAAUGUAGAAAAUAUAGAGGUAAAUGAAACAGAAGGAAAAGGAUAUGAUAAUAUAGAAGAUGAAGAUGAAAAUGAUAAAAAAAAAUUAUAUACAGAUAUAAUUAAAACGGAAAUAAAAGCAGGUAAAGAAAGUAAAAAUACGAAGGAAGAAAAAAUUAAAAAGAACAAGAAAAUAAAAGAAAUUGAUGAAAUAAAUAUAUUAGAUGAAAAAAGGGGAAAAAAUGUAAAUACAGAAGAAGAAAAAGAAAUGAAUAAGAAAAAUAAAAAUAUAGGUGAAGAAAAAGGAAUUACUGAAAAUGAAAAAAUAAAUGAACAAAAUGAGAAUAUAAAUGAAGAAAAAGAAAUUAAUGAAAAUAUUGAAUUGAAUGGAGAAAAUACAGACAAAGAGGAAGAAAUUAAUAAAAAUGAAGAUAUGAAUAAAGAAAAUAAAAGUGCAUAUAAAGAAAAAGAAAAAAGUAAAAAAAAGAAAAAAAGAAAAAAAGAUAAGGUAGAAAAGGUAGUAGAGGAAGAUAUAAAAGAGAAUAUUGAAGAAAAAAGUAAAAAGAGAAAAACAGAAGAUGAAUAUUCAAAUGACAAAAAGGAUUUAGAUAAUAAUUUUAAUGGUUUAGAAAAUAAUUCCAAUGACGUAAAUAAUAAAUUAGAUAAGGAUUUAGUUAAUUCAAAUGAUAAAUUUUUAAUAAUUUCAUCAAUGAUUAAGCUGAAUAUAUCAUUAAAAAGAUAUAGUAACGUAAUUGAUUUAAUUAAUACUAAAGACACAAAAUUAAUUAAAAAUACAAUUAAUAAUUUAGGAAAAAAACAUUCAAUAAAACUUUUAGAAUUCCUUUUAAAUUGUUUAACAAAAAGCAAAUUUUUUAUUAACACAUUUUAUAUGUGGAUUAAAACCAUAUGUAAAGUACAUAAAAACUUACUAAAAGGGAGAAAAUAUCGUAGAUUAGUAACUAAAAUUUCAGGUAUUGCAUUGAAUAAUUUGAAGAAUGAAAAUAUGGUAAAACAUGUUGUAGAAAAAAUAAAUUAUACUAUUGAUAACAUUAUAAAAAAUCAAGUUUUUGAUAAUGUAGAAAUUCUUAAUUAUAGAGAUGGAACUAUAAUAAAAUAA